AUUCUGUCAUUAUUAGUGCAUUAAACACAUAAGUAAGACGUGUCAUAACCCUGAGACAGGUGACCGGGUCUUAAAAGAUGUUUCUCCUUAAAUUAUGUCUAAUUUUCAAUUCUUUUUACAUGUCGAAGGCCAGCGUACCUCGUCCUCGGGGUGUAUCGAUAACCAUGGCUUCCUUCUAUGCAGGACAAUCUGAAAAUUUCAGUUGCCUUGACAACUCAUUGGUUGUUCCAUUCAAUUAUGUUAAUGAUGAUUAUUGUGAUUGCCCUGAUGGCUCUGAUGAACCAGGUACUGCUGCAUGUAUAAAUGGUAAAUUUCAUUGCACCAAUGCAGGUUAUAUUCCAAAUUACAUUCCGUCUUCAAGAGUUAAUGAUGGUUUCUGUGAUUGCUGUGAUGGAACUGAUGAAUACUCAGAAAUCAUCUCUUGUCCUAAUAAAUGCAUAGAAUUGGGUAAAAAGGCAAUGGAAGAACGUAUGAAAGUGCAUAAGAUGCAGAUGGAAGGUUUUGCUAAAAAGCAAGAAUUCAUCAAUGAGGGUAAAAAAGCAAAGGAAGAAAAGAAGAGCAAACUGAUAGAGUUGGAGGCACUGAAAAUUGCAGCCGAACAGCACAAGACAGAAAUGGAAGCUGAAAAGAAUUCAGCAGAAGGUCCUGAAAAAUUGGCUAAAGACACACAUGAAAAGGCCUGGGAGGAGGAGAAGAAGAGUUUGCAGAAGGAGAAAGAAAUAACCAUUGCUAAAGAGGCUUUUACUGAACUGGACAGUGAUAGCAACCAAUUUGUCAGUGUGGAUGAGUUAAAGAGUCACUCAGAGUUUGAUAUCGACAGUGAUGGUACCGUAUCAGACGAUGAAGCAAAAGAAUACAUGGAAGAAGCCACUGAGGCAAGUUAUGACCACUUCAUUGAGAAAAUGUGGCCCAACAUCAAAGAGAUUUAUCGUAAACCCAAGAAACUCGAGGACGAGGUGAGCCAGCAAGAAGAGGAGACGACGACAUCCCCACCUGUUCAAGUAACCCCAUCACCACCUUUAGAACCCCCUCAAGAUGAUGACGAUGGUGCUGAUGAAGAUAGUGAUGAGGAUGCUGAUGAGGAUGAUGAAACAACGCCAGAAGAAGGUGUUGAUGGACACGUUCAGGCCCCAUCUCCCCCUGGCUCCCAUUUCGGGGACCUCGAUGAUGAGGAUGACGAGGAAGAAGAGAAAUCAGAUCCUGAUUAUGAUCGAGAUUUUGAAGAAACUGUUCCUCUACCAACCGGAGAUGAAGCAAAGAAGAAGACUGAGGAGGGAAAGGACAAAGAAACUCAACCCCAGAUGCCAGACUAUGAUCAGGCGACAAAAGCUUUAAUAGAAGCUGCAGAUCAAGCCAGGUCUAAGUACCAGGACGCUGAUAAAAAAGUUAGAGAACUUGAAAAAGAUAUCAGUGAUGUGAAGAAAAUACUUGAUUUAGAUCUUGGUCCAGACAACGAGUUCUACAGUUUGUACAGCAAAUGUUUUGAGUACACAGACAGAGAGUACACGUACUCAUUUUGUCCCUUCGAUCGGGCUUCUCAGCGGAGUAAAUCUGGUGGAAUAGAAACCAGUUUAGGCCACUGGGGUCAUUGGGAUGGUGUUGCACCUGAUAUUUAUAAAUCCCAAAAGUACGACAAGGGACAGAAUUGUUGGAAUGGUCCAGACCGAUCAGUAAAGGUCCACUUUGACUGUGGCAUUGACAGUGAACUACGAGGGGCUUCAGAACCAAGUCGGUGUGAAUAUGCUUUCAGUUUUGUCACUCCAGCAAGUUGUGCAAAACCUGCACCUUCCCCAACCACAAACAGAGAUGAAUUAUAACAGAAACUAUCAAAAUAUAUCUUUCUAUUUCUUCUCUCCUCUUCAUUUUUUGUUAAUAGGGUCUUUUUUUUUCUCUUUCUAAUUUAAAAUUAAAUCUGUUAUAUAUAUAUAUAUAUAUAUGUAUAUGUAUGUAUAUAUAAUUCUCUAAACUCCAUUAAAUCUUUCAUGAUUUCUCAUCCACUA